AUGUGUCUGACUACCUCAGCGCUUCGAAUUGUGCCACCUCUACCUCUCACCGUCACUGCAAAUCGGAAUCAUACAGUCACUUGGAUUCGCACCCACUACGACAUCGACGACGUUCCACCGGACAUUGACCUCCCUGAGGCAAUUCCGGUCAAUGGUAGCCCGACGCAAUCCUUUGAAGACGAUAACGACGACUUUAUCGGUCCCAAGGCGGCUACAUCUGCUGAUAUCCGUUCCGAAGAUCUCGAUGGCGGAGGCGAGACAAACGACUUGAAUGAUGAAGACGAAAACCAAAAGAACGGGUCCGUUACAGUGUAUUUGCGUGGCGAUGGGGAUAUUCAGUCAAUUUCGGCUGUAACACUGAGCGAGCAGUUGCCCGGACAGAAAACGUUCCAUACUGCUGUUGGCAGUGGACCGACUGCUACCGCCUCAAUUGCGGCUACAACGACCGCAAUCACGCCUUCAAACACAACCUCUUUAAUUCCUGGUAGCAACAGUUCAGUGUCAAGCACGGGAAGCGGCUCAACGCAGACCGCUACUCCAUCUGCUAGCAACUCAGCAAACUCGAACGUCAAUCCGACGCUGGCGCCCGCGCCGUUUGCUCCUCCCACGAACGCUACACCGAAUACCGGUGCUAUUGCCGGAGGCGUAGUGGGUGGCGUGCUUGUCAUACUUGUGUUCGGCACCGUUGUCUUUUACAUUUUGAAGCGAAGGAAGAUAAAACUGAAACAUAAUCUCGAUCCAACCCCCUACUUGGAUACGAUACCAGUUUCCGGUUCUGACGCACCUUACAUGGAUAUCAAGGAACGAAAGAUGCAGAUGGUCAGACAAAGAGAAAGCCUUGAACGUGAGUUAGAGGCGUAUGAGCAAGCAUCCCAAGAGUCGAACUCAAGAGCUGGGGACAUUCCCGACGGCCCUUUCCGAAAUGGAGGAUAUCAGGAAGGAGAUAUCGUGCAAGUAUUACGUCGUAUGGAAGUUUUAACACAGAGAAUAGCGACUUUGGAAGCGGGAAUGGCACCGCCUGAUUACAGCUCUCGUACGAGCUAA